AUGGAUAAAUACUUAGCGGCGUCUAGACCUUCAGCCUCAUCUCAAGCUCCCAAAUCCGAACGAACCACCUGCAGCAGUGCACGGCAUCAUCCAUAUAUUCGUCCUGGCCAAGUGAAGGAGACUUCCAAGAUUUUUGAAGCUAGAGUACCCAGUAACCCCAACAAUACCAAAUCCAAGGUUUCAGGCCGAAAGUUGACUCUUGCUCUACUUUCUUCGUUGAAAGCUGAAGACAAUCCCAUAACACACUCCAAAUCUUACUUCACAACAGAACAUAUUGUAUCUUGUUCGUCUGGUCACCAAGUGAAUGAUGCUGGAGGUCGUUCUGGUGCUUACGUGAAAGAGAGAAAUGCGAGGAUCGAAUUGCAAGCUCUGGAGCGUGCCCAAGGUUCUGAUAUAACAGUCUUCCGAGGACUGGUGAUAUACAUCAAUGGUUACUGUCGUGGAACUACAGAUACCGAGCUGAAGCGCUUGGUUGUGUCCGGUGGCGGUAAAAUAUCGCAUUCUCAUCAUGCAGGUGUUACACAUAUCAUAACUUCUAUGCAACUUAGUGCAAAAAAGACUGAACAGUUCAAAAAUGGGAAACCUCGUAAGCCAGCUCAUGUUGUGACUCCAGAAUGGAUCAAGGAUAGCUACGAGCAACGGAAACGCCUCCAAGAGUGGAAAUACAAUGUCAUAGAUCUCAAGAACGACACCCAUGUCUCUGGAUAA